AUGUUGACUGUCAAUAUUGGCGAUGCCCACAUCUCAGUCACCGCAGAGCCCUUGUCACAAGAGGCUUUUGCACCAUUUGGCGAUGUCAUCACCAACCCCCGGCCAGAUGUGCAUCCAUCCGCCUUUGCCUCGCAACCAAAGGACUCCAUGCCCUCGAACGCGGUCUCGGCGAAUCAAGGCACUGCUAUCCAAUAUCUAGCCGUGAGCCACAUACGCAAUCUGUAUUCUCAGGCACCCUCCGGCCAGGGCCAGCCAAAGAUGACCAUGUUUGUCUGCGCUACGCGGGAGCUGGACCCAUCCGCCUCAGGCGCCGCCUCUCAAGGCCAAUUCAAGGUGCGCCUCCUGGAGCGCCAUCCCUUCACCACCCAGACCUUCACCCCCCUCUCGUCGUCAGCCUCCACCUACCUGGUCAUCGUUGCACCCAGUCUACAGCCAAGCAAUGCCGAUGAAGACCUGCCCACGCCCAGCGGGGAUGAUCUACCCGGUAGAGGUCUGCCGGACAUCCAUCGGCUGAAAGCCUUUGUGGCUACCAGUAACCAAGCUGUGACCUAUGGCGCCGAAGCGAUUCCCGAAGACAAGAGCCACAAGCUCGCGGAUCUCUCUGGUGUCGAGCUGCGUCCGGGAGAGAACCCGUAUACUGCCUUCAUCAGCGCCUGCAACAACGACCACAAAGAAAUACAAGCCCUCUAUUCUGCCCAUAGGACAAAGAGGAAUGCUCAGCAGAAGGAGAAGUUUGUCUCUGGCGAGUUCAAGGAACUUGCCAUUGACCAGCACCUCUUGAGACUUGAAAAUCCUGAUAUUUAUCCGGGAUUCGUCGAUGAGCGGAAUUGUUUUGUUAUUUGGGCCAGACCCCCAGAGCAUGUGAUCCGGCUGGCUGCCAAGGUGCAGGAUUUGCUGAAGCAGAAAGCACCGACCAUUUGGUUGAUGCCAACGCAAAGGAUGCAUAUGACGGCGCUCGAGGUGGCCUUCUCCAAAACUCCCCAGGAGAUUGGAGCUCUAGUGUCCACGAUCCGCUCCAGCAUUCCGAAGAUUGCGAGCUAUACGCAUACUCAUAGAUCUCGACUCGUGAAGCCGAUAAUAUCCUAUGAUCUGUCUGCUUUUGCCCUCUCUUUCCUCCCAGCCGCUGGGGAGCCUAUAGUCUCACCGCCACCUGUGGACCCCGAUGUCGCCGAAGGAGUCGUCGAGGGUGACGAGUACACUUACCACCAUGUCCGCCAGGAUGUUUUCAAUCUCGUCAAGGCUGGAGGAGUUCAGGUAGGGUCUAGGUAUCAGGUACCUAGCGCUCAUAUCACGCUGGGUAGAUAUCUGACCCAGGAUGACCACGACACCCCUGAGAAGCGGAAGCAGUGGGUGGAUGCUAUUGAUGAGAUCAAUGACUGGCUGAAGAAUGAGAUAUGGGACAAGAAAGAUGCAGAGUACGUUGGUGAAUGGAUUGUUGGUCAAGAAAGAGGCUUGGACUGCCGUUCUGGGUCUCUCUGGUAUGGACAUGGCCGAACUUUGCUUCUCGGUGAGGGUUUCUAG